AAAUUGCUUGCUUACACUUUGGGAACUGCACAGCUGCUUUCAGGAACGGCGAAGUUGAACUAGAAAAAAUGCAUUCUGAAUGAUAACUACUGCUUGCUGAACUGAACUGCAAAGAUCUUAUGCUUUGGAGAUGAAGAUGACAAAUCCAAGGAAAUAAUCCAGCUGCUGCCAUUGUGACAACUAAAAGGUCCUUUGUGUCAAAAUGAACAGUCUUUGAGAAAAAUCUGGAAAGCAGUUAAAUCUGAAAAAUGGGAGAAAGAGUAAGGAGCCCAGAUUCUGAACACGACAGGAAAUCAGAUGGGGAUAAAAAUAGUGACUCCUAUUAUUCAGAUGAAGAUAAUGCAUCUCAUUCAUCUGGCCAGUCACCAACAUUAAGCUAUCCGUCUACAAGCCAAGAAAAAAGAGAUCACAAAACACAAACUUCAAACAGCCUUGUGCACUACCAAGCCACAAAGAAAUUGGGUUCCAAAUACGCACCAAGCAAAAGAGGGACACGGUGGGGUUUCCGUUCUCAGAGCCUCACUAGGGAUUCUCCUGCAAAAGAUAUAGAUCUUGUUACAAAAAGAGUUCUUUCUGCUAGGCUGCUGAAAAUCAAUGAGCUCCGAAAUGAACUGACUGAACUCCACAUCAAACUAGAUGAGCUGCAGAAGGAAAACAGGGCACUGAAGAGGCUUCAGCACAGGCAGGAGAAAGCCUUGAAUAAGUUUGAAGAUACGGAAAAUGAAAUCUCUCAGCUCCUUGCUCGGCACAACAAUGAGAUUAGAAUAUUAAGGGAGCGCCUACGAAAAUCUCAAGAGAGAGAACGUGCAACUGAGAGACGGCUGAAAGAUUCGGAAGAUGAACUGUACAGAACAAAAACUGUCUUGCAGAAACUGAAAAAGCUGUCUGCAGAUAAGCACCUUGCCGAAAGAGAUGACCUGGCAAAGAAACUGGCCUAUGCAGAGAGCAGGCUAGAGGACAGUGAAAAAAGAAUUAAGGAUCUGGAAAAAAAUCUUGAAUUAAGUGGUAGCAGUUUUCAACGAGAGUUACAUUCAAAGAAAAAAAAGAUGUAUGAGGCUCAAGAAGAAAACAGAGUUCUCCAAGAAGAGCUUCAUCAACUAAAUCAGAAGCUGAAGGAAAAAGAAAGAGAACUUGAAGCAAAAAAUAUAUAUGCUAAUCGUAUGUUGAAGCUGUCACCAAGAAAAGACAUGGAUAUUAUGCAAAGAAAAAGAGCCAACAACCAAAAUAUUAAAAAAGGAGCACAGCUCACAAAAGGUGUACAGACCAGUGGAUACUUCUCACCAGUAGAAUUUCUUCCAGAAUCAGAACUUGUCUGUGGUGACACAGUAAACAAGAAACAAGGAAUUCUUCCUAAAAUAGAAAAAGAAAGUCAAGACAAAGGAUGGAAAGAGCAAGCAGACCUCCUAAGACAAGACCAAGACAGGGAAAAGGAAGAGAAACUGAAACAUUUUCAGGAAAUACAGGCUUUAGAGGAGAGGGUUCAAAAAGUUCAUGAUGAGUGGGAAAGGGAAGAAUAUGACAAAAUGAAAAAAGAAAGCAGCUUUUCCUUGGAUAAAGAAGAGAAAACAAAGAUGGAGACAGAAAUCCACAAACCUGAAGUAGAGAGAGAAAGCACUGAAAUGCUGGAAGAGCGGCGAAAAAGAGAGUUCCUGCUUGCUAAAAUGCAAGAAAUUGAUAGAGAAACUCAAAAUGUAACAAACAUGAAAGCUGCUUCCCAAGCACCACUCAUAAAUACAGCAAGAAAAUCUGAUUCCCUGGAGAAAAAAGAAAAAACUAAUCAAUUCUUUGAGAUUCCUGGGAAGGUUACUAAUGGAUUUCCUGUAGAUGACAGCCAGGAUGAUGCCACAGGAGCACAAGGGCAGAAGCAACGAAAUCUGAGGACUGUAGAUUUAAGUAGUGAGUUAACAUUUGGUAGUUAUGUACCUUCCUUUGGGAAAGGAUCAGGGAGACCGAGUUGGCUUACUCAAAGUGACAACUUAGAAGAAAAUGUUAAGGAAAAUGCAGAUUUCAACAGUAAGAAAGAAAAGAAGUCCAAUUUAAUGGAACAACUCUUUGGAAGCAAUGCAGGUACCAUCCUUCUUUCUAAAAUUAAUGAUACAACACCUUUUGACAUAGACUGGGACCCUAGUAAUACUCUUCGUGUUGAUAAAAACAGUAAAGUCAAAGUAAAAGAAGACAAUGAGCUUUUUGGUGAAGGAAGACACCUGAACAGACACCGUUUGCAACACACUACAAGCAAGCCAGGAGUUAAGACCCUUGGUUCUUUAGAAGAUGAAAUCGAAGAAGUAAUCUUACAAUGAUCAUAUUUUUAUAUGUUUCAUAUGUAAAUACUGAAAAAAUAUUUUUAUGUAAUAUUUAUUAGAUACAGAUUUGAAACAUUUCAGAUAUAUUGUAAAGCCUUAUGAAGGAAUAAUUUACAUAAAUGGGUAUAUGUAUAGAGGAAAGAUGCACUUUGAUAGAACAGCCUAACCUAUAUGCAGGAAAGUUCUUCUAUAAUGUAAUACUCAAAUACAGACCUUGGAGAUGUGGCAGUGACUCUUUUGGCAGAAAGACAGGGAAGGUGUCCUGAGGGACUUUGAUAGAUGAGGUAGGCGCUGGCUGGCUGCUUCAGUCAAUCAGAGAAGACGCUUUUGCCCCAACUGGGGCUCCAGAGCGACUGUCACUGUUGCGGUGUGGCACCAUCUGACUUGUGCAGCUGUGGCUCGGGUCCAAGAGGCUUGGUAGCGCAGAGCUGGUAGGGAUGCCAUAGGAAUGGAAGGACUUGCAGAGGCUUACACUCACCUGCGCCCUUUACUCAUGCUCUCUCACGCACCCUUCAUGCUCCCUCUCACUCUUGCUCUCAUGUGCGUUCCCUCGCUUCCCCCCUCAUCCUUUUCUCUCUCUCACUCUUGCCCUUUGCUUGCUCUCACCCUCUCUCUCUUGCCAUCACUCUCUAAAUUUUUAAGACUUAGUGAUGUGUAAUGGUAUCUUAAGUAAAACUAUACUUCUCACAAGGGAGCAUUAUUAUUUAUUGCAGAAUGAGUUGGCUAAGAAGGCAGCAAGCUUGUAUGCGGCAGCCCUGGCAUUCAGGGCAGCUACUAGAUGAGCAUCUCUGGCUAGGCAGCAUAGGAAGUGUUGGGGGUUUUUUUUUUACCUGCAGGCUGCUGACAGUACACUGCUUUUCAUUUGGAGUACUUCUUUUAGGCCUCACAUAUUUUCUUUCUCAGGCAUUCGAAGAGCCUCUUAACUGUGUCAGGAGAAGGCAUGUGUUAACAUCAGUGUCAUGAAAUGGAUAGAAGAGACGUACCUAGCACAAAGGCUCAGGUAGAAAGAGAAUAUUCUACACCGCAAUCAUGUUAUCUCAGAAGAAUAUCAACAGAAACACAAUUAACUCAGGAACAGCUGAUCUCUCUUCUGCAUAGGUUUUCUGUAGAUCUUACUACCAAAUUUGUCUAACUCUUCUCAUAUAUUCAGGUUGUAUUUAUUAUAUAAUGCCAUUUUUUGUAAUUUCUGAAUUUUCUAUGUAAAAUUCCAAUCAUUACUAAGUCAUUUUUUAACAAAGUGGUUUUA